GACACAGAAACCAGGAGGCGGUGGGAUUUAGUGAGAAACACAGGAAACACCCCCAUUGAAAUUCAGAAAGAGGAGGAAUAUCGAGUUUGCUCACCAAAAUAUCCAAUUGAAACAUUAUUUUUAUUCGAAUAGGCAGUGGAAUGCAGAUUUAGUUAACAUACUAUCAUAUUGUUGAACCCAUUCCAGUGAAGUUUCUAGAAACAAGUGAACAAAGAUGCUGAUUAAAGUGAAGACGCUCACUGGCAAGGAGAUAGAGAUUGAUAUAGAGCCCACAGAUAAGGUGGAGCGGAUUAAAGAAAGAGUGGAGGAGAAAGAGGGGAUCCCUCCUCAACAGCAGAGGUUAAUCUACAGUGGAAAACAGAUGAACGAUGAGAAAACGGCAGCGGACUAUAAAAUCCAGGGAGGCUCUGUUCUACACCUGGUACUCGCCCUGAGAGGAGGACUCGCGCUCUACCAUCCCAGAAUCCUCUGCUCUGAACCUGCUCUGUAGCCGUCACUACGAAACAUGCCUUAGCUGUUGCGAUGCCUACUCUAAGCAAGUACACUGAAGACACAGCCAGCGGUUGCAGAAUCACCAGGUGGGAUUGUAGGCACCACAGAGCCACUGGUAGAAAUAAUCAGACCGGGUUCUACUUUGGCAGCCUCUUCUCUUAAGCCAAAAAGUCUGUCGGCUGCAAACACCUCCCCUACUGUAAUAUCACAUGUUAGAACUGCACUAGCAGUAAAGAUAUCCAAAAUCCUAAAAAAAAAUAAACAGCUUCGGCUCAGAACCCAGAGCUAAUUUAACUGCUACAGAAAGCUUCUGUACACUCUUCGAGCCUUUCUUGUGUCUUCAGAGUUUCACAGCGGUUAUUUAUCUUUGUUCCAGUGAUGAGAAAACAGAAGUAACUGUAGUUUAAAGCUGCUUCAGGCAAACAAAUCCUUGAAAGUCGGCCUGACACAAUUUUUUUUGGGUCCAAAACACGCAUGAACGUGUUUUGUCCUUCACUUAUUGCCCCAGUUAAUGUAAUUACCUGAAGCUGCUGCAGCAACUCAGAAGUCAUUUUAUCUUGAGAAGUGCUGAUGUAGCUCAGUUAGAUUUGUUAUAGAUGAAUAACAGCAUAUUAAAACGAACGAUUCCACAGUUUGAGAAAUCCUCCCUUCAGAUGAGAAGACUAGUAUGACUUUGCUGUCUGUGUGUUAAAAUAGAUGUCAGCAGGUUCAUACAACUCAGACUGAAAGCCUGAAAGACUGAAAACAACCUCUUAGCUGUGCCUGAAGUUAACAAAUCAGACCUACGAGCACCUCUAGAACUCACUGAUUAACAUGUUGUUUCAUGUUUGCUUCAUCUGACAAUGUUUAAAACUGAAAUUUUAGGAGUUCUACACUCCAGGCAUUUGCCAGUUAACCACCAGUCUCAUACAUAACUCACAGCAAAUUGUUUUACUCGUGAGCUUUACACUUGGAGUUUGUGCUCCUCAACAAGACGAUCAGGUUAUCAUGUGUUAAAUAGUGAGCCGAGGAGCUGCUCGUAUUCUCAUUUUGUUGCCGUUUGACAAAGCCAGAGCUUUUUCCAGUCUUUGCGCCAGUCUAACAGACUGCUGGCUUUCGCUUUGUCGAUAUGUUUCACAGACAUAUUUGAGAGUGAUGCUGAUCUUCUUGUCUAAGUCCAUAUAAGAAAUCUAAUAUAUACACCACCAGGCGAAAGUUUGGACACAGUUUGUUUACAACAUAAUUCCACAUGUAUUCUUCUGUAGUUUUGAUGUCUUCAGUAAUAAUCUGCAAUGUAUAAAAUAAUUAAAUAAAAGCCACUAUGAGAAGGCGUGUCCAAACUUUUCACUGGUAGUGUGUAUCUAUAUAUUUCCUAAGAUGUCAAACUACUCCUGUGAAAGGGAAAGGAGUCGGUCAGGAACAUCUUUUGUAAUUUUGGUGUCAGGAAAAACUCACACAACUCUCGAUCUAAAUCACGGAGCACAUGGCUUGCUUUACACCUGCUUCAUACUGGGCAUCGGUCAGAUGAUGGUUUAUUUAAUUUGCCAUGGAUAAUAUGUCCUGAUCUUGCAAGAACAGUGGCUUCAGUUUACAUGGAUGCUUUUAGUCCUUACUUCCGGUUUAAAGAAGCACGCACUUACUUAGCUCCACGUCGCCCUCCUCCAGUGUGCAGAACUGUGUGAAACUGAUUUAUGCUGUGGAUUAGUUUGUCAGUAGAAUAAACGUAACGCUCCAAAUGCU